UGUCAAAAGUUCGCGCGUGUGUGGGUGUUCCCGCCAAGGAUCUGUCAAAAUUAAGCCAGAAAUCAAAUUCGGGAUAACUUUCAUUGUAUAUUUUGGGAUAAAUCAUAUUUUAAUAUUAGAUUUAUAUAUUUAUCACAAUGUCCAAACCGGACCCAGAGUCCUAUAUACAUAGGAACCCGGAUGAAAGUGACGAAAAAUGGAUUGCGGCUAUGGACAAUUUGUGUUCAGAGUUAAAUGUGGACCCAGUUGCUGCAGCCAAAUCAAAGGAAUCUUUUUCGGAAAUCAAGCAAAAUUAUACGCUAGACGGAGAUGUUUUGCAUUGGAUGGCGUGUGCCCUAUAUGUUGCGUGUCGCACUUCAAUCACCCCGACAGUGCAAUCGGGUAAAGCUGUGGAGGGAAACUGUGUCAGCCUCACCAGGUUGCUUAGGCUUUGUAACAUAAGUCUCAUACAAUUUUUUAACAAAAUCAAGAACUGGAUGGAGAUGGCAUUAAUGUCAACAGACUUCAAAGACAGAAUAACCAGAUUAGAGCACAAGUUUGCUGUAUCAACUGUGCUUUUUCGUAAAUUCCAACCCAUUUUUCAAGAGAUAUUUUCUGGAUUGACAAAUGAUCCACCUAAAAGUAAUUCUAAAAGCAAGAAACACAAGUUACAGCCCUGCACAGCAAAUGCGCUAUUCGAAUUCACAUGGUGUCUGUAUGUGUGUGUGAAGGGAGAGUUUCAUAACUCUGCUGAUGACUUAGUAGAUAUGUAUCAUGUAUUACUAUCAUGUCUUGACUUUGUAUUUGCUAAUGCCUUUAUGGCAAGACGGAAGGAUUUGAUUAAUCCUGCUUUUAAAGGUUUACCAGAAGAUUGGCACGAAGAUGACUUUGAGGUGCCUAAGAAGCCACCUUGCAUAAUAUCAGUAUUGUGUGAAAUCAAGGAAGGCCUAGCAGUUGAGGCUGCCACUAUGAAGGAGUACAGCUGGAGGCCUGUUAUUAAGAAAUUCUUUGAGAAGGGGAUUCUAAAGGGUAACAGCGAUCACCUAACAGGCUUAUUAGAUAUCGGGAACUUUGAUGCAAAUCUGAAAUCAUUGAACAAUCUUUACGAGACAUAUGUAUUGAGUGUGGGAGAGUUUGACGAAAGGAUAUUUUUAGGUGAGCACGCCAAUGAACAGAUCGGUACCAAGAAUAAGGUAUCGAAGGAUGAAAUAUCGCAAGUUAUUGCAUCAUUUGGCCCGAGUAGUCGCGCCUGCCCAGACACCCCUCUGACGGGGCGACGGUAUUUGGCGCGGCAGGAGAAGUUAACGCCGGUCUCCGAAGCCACCAACAGUCUAGCGCGCCUAGCAGCCUUCCUGAGACAUACGAGACCAAAACCAUCGCCGCAUCUGCUAGGGUUUUUCGCGGAUUGCGGUGUGAGCGAAGACGCAAUUAACGCGCGGGUGAUAGAGCCAUGCCAAGGCUGGCAGGAGCAGUUCGCCAGCAGCCUGCAGGAGACCAACUGCAGCAGGGAAACCAUCGCGUUCCGCUGCAACAUGGUCACGUGCUUGUACUACAAGGUGCUGGAGCACAUCAUCCGCGAGGAGCAUCGGAAGAAGCCGCAGCUGUCUCUACAGAUUCUUCUAUCGCAAGAGACAUACCAACUGACAGUGUACGCGUGUUGCACGGAAGUGGUACUACACGCAUACGGCGUUCACUCGCUGCGCUUUCCUCGCGUGCUCCAGAUAUAUGGUCUCAGCGCGUUUCACUUCUAUAAGAUCAUUGAGCUAGUGGUGCAGGCUGUUGUUGAAAAGCUCAGCAGGGAUGUCAUCAAGCACCUUAAUGCGGUGGAAGAGCAAGUACUAGAAUCGCUAGUGUGGACGUCGGACAGUCCACUUUGGGAGCAGCUAACAAAGACGCCCGUCCCCGCCUCCACUGAAGUGUAUGUCCAAGAAUCGCCUAACAGCCGAAGGACUAUUGGUGGUAUGCAAUCGCCCGUUUCUGCAGCAAUCGACAGCUACAUAACGCCGAUGGCAGAUCAGGCAAAGAAGCAGCUGUUCAAGGACAAUGUGAAACCUGGACAGUCGCUAUUAGUGCAAACCAACAAUGUGAAACAAGAAACGUUAGAGUCUGCAUCGCCGCCACCCGCACCUUCUGUCGUUGACACCGCCCCCAACACCCCCAACACAACGCCGAAGAAGGCCAAUAACUCAUUAAUACUCUUCUUUAGAAAGUUCUACAGUCUAGCAGUAGUGAGAAUGAAUGACCUGUGCACGCGGCUGGGUUUAACAGACGAUGAGCUGAAGCGCAAAAUAUGGACGUGCCUGGAAUACUCCAUCAUGCACCAAACACAGCUCAUGCGAGAUCGACAUCUGGAUCAGAUCCUGAUGUGCGCCGUAUACGUCAUUUGCAAGGUAUCAAAUACAGCGACAAAUCAAGUGGAGAGAACAUUCGCAGACAUCAUGCGAUGUUACCGACAGAGACCUCUAGCUGACAAUCAUGUUUAUAGAUCAGUUUUGAUCAACAAAGGGAGCGAAGAAGAAUCACCCGAGAGAGGAGAUUUGAUCAACUUCUACAACAAAGUCUACGUUAAAUGCAUGCAGGCCUUCGCACUCAGGUUUACAGGGAGGCAUAGAGACGAAUGCAGUCUGUCUCCAUUGCCGGCGGGUAGGGCGAGCCGAGCGGGGAGGUCGCCGGGCGGCCAACGCGUGUCUGAGAGACACCAGUUGUACGUCAAACCCCUAACAACGCCGCCCAACCAUCAGCACCAUCUCACUUACCGGUUUAGCAGGAGUCCUGCCAAGGAUCUGCACGCAAUCAACACGAUGGUGUCGUGUGAGGUCGGCGGCAUAAAGCGGGCGGCGGAAGGCAGCGACGUGGUGAAGCGCGCGCGCUACACGGCGGCCGGCGUGGCGCGCAAGCUGCAGGGGCUGGUCAGCGACCGGCAAGCGGUCUGAUUUAUUGAUGUAAAACUACCCGCCAUAUUUACACGAGACAUCCAAAUGAAGUUCAGUCAUAUUUAUUGUAUGUAGUACCAAAAAUGUUGCUUUUAGCUCUCUAGGGUAUUCUUUUCCUUUACGGUUUUUAUUUUAUUAUGAAUGACGAAUUAUUAAAAAAAAUCAAUUUUUAAUGUAAGAAAAUAUAUUUUGUCACAAUACAGCCCUUCAUUUGGCCAAGUCUUAUGCUAUGAUUGGUGCUAAUUAGACGGUUUGUAAAGCCCAAUGUCCACUUGGUCGCGGAAUCGAAUCAUAGUAUUUCUAUUCUAAUAUAUUUUCAAUGCUGCUACUGUUCAAUGCUUUUAGAUCCAUGCCAUAGAUCCGGGGUUCAAUUUCGCAUGUACUUUCAAAUUUUCGAAGUUAUGUACGGUUUAUUAAAGCUGGAUGCGACGGGUCUGCCCGCACAGA